AGUAAAUUUGUUUAGAACCAUACUUAUUUCUCCCGAAAGUCAUCUCUGCUCCCUGUCAAGCUGAUGUAAUUGCCUUCCUGGGUCUCUGUCUCUUGCUGAAGCAAGACUUCCCUGCUGCAUUAUCUUCCUGGUGCUGCUCCUCCCCAAGGACCAGCUGAGUGCUCAUCCUUGAAUUCUCCGACUAACAGACUACCCAGCACGGAAUAGUUGCCCAAUAUGUUUGUUGAAUGAAUGAACUAAAAGAUUGAUUUUAUGCCACUAAUAUUUAUUGAGUAGCUCCAAAGAUAAAGAGCUGUGUCUAGACCUGUGGUAACUUGAUGCCAAUUGGUCAAAUGGCUUUGUGACCUCAGAUCCAAAUUCUGGUUCAACUGGUCUCAAUAUGCUAUGGUAUUUAUCAUUUUCUUGAUUUUUCUUGAGGAACUUAUCUAGUAACUACUUUUGUUGGAGAUGGGGUUAAUUUGUUAGGUCCUACUAGAAAACUACAUAUAACACAGCAGAGAAAAUCUGCUGCUUCAUACCCUGUAGAUCAGAAAUAUUAAGCUAAGCAGUCUUGCCUAAAUGAGAAGGGUAAGGUAGCUGAGUCAGCCCCCAAUCCUCCACCUAAUGUUAGUAUCACAAAUGGAAGCAAUUAUAAUGAAUCACAAAUGAAUCAUUCCAAAACUAGGUCUGUAUAACCAUUUCCUUAUAAUAUUCGCUUAUAAUAGGAUGUCUUGCAGCAGCGGCCCUGUAAUUGGAGUGAUAAGGAGAAAAAUCUAUCGAAAAUCUUUAAAAAAGAAAGAAAGAAAGAAAAAGUUCACACUCCGUCUUGAUCUCUGUUCUCUGCAUAUUUUGAAUAUACCUUUAAACCAUACACAUAAUUUGUACUACCGCUUCAGCCUUUGUUAUUUCUUAAACCCUUGAAAACCAGAGUCUCUUAAAUAGCUAAUAGUGUGUAACCACAGCUUACAGUAAUAAAACCCGAAGAGUUCCCAGGGGAGCCGGAAGCUUCAGCACAACCCCACCGGGACUUAUUCCUGCAAAGUCAGCUCCGUGGGGCCCAGACUUUCCUGAGUGCACACCUGCCAGGGCCAGGCAGGUGGCUGUACUAGGCGCUGGGCACAAGCUAGCCUGAGCCUGAGGACUGGCUGAGAUGAAGGCGCUCUCACCACAAAGCGCCCACGACACAAAAGCUGGCCCAAAGGAGGAACUGCAGUGAGCCGGGAAUUCCUGCUCCAAUGGUCUUUUUUUCUUUCCCUUGGAUGAGCUAACAAUCAGUUUCUACAUCUGUACUCUACUAUCGGGUUCAGCAUAGAAGUGAGAAAAAAAGAUAUUAAAUUUUGAGGAAAUGUAUAUCCCAUGUGUCCAGGCAAGGAGGUGUGGUGUUUAAAAGUUACGAGUUUGAAAUCCCGGUAGCCAAGAGAUGAGUCCCCGGGUGACUGAAAGGGCCGCAAUGAUCUCAAACUCUCCACUUCUCACCCACAGCCUGGCCUUGGCUAUAAAUUUCAAACAGCAUAAGAACUACUGUGGCUGGCGCUUAGAGAAGCCGAACUAGCGGCUCUGUUCCUGCCGAGUUCGCUGCGGGUCAGAGCAUAACUUCCCCGCAAGUGAAUUCAGAUCAAAGCCUCACUGGUUUGGGGGGUAGGGGGUGUCACAAAAAGAAAAGUAGAUUUCCCAGGGAGGAGCGCACGCACCUUUCACAAGUACUGCGGGGCAUAGGUGUACUCUCUGGCCAGGGAAAGUGGUACCCACAGCAUCCUAUUCCCCAAAGCUGCCCAUGACUGUCUAGCAGGCUGCAACCGGUUUCCUGGGAUCCAAAAACCGUUUUUACCGAGCCUCCCGACAGGGUGGAGUGUCUGACGUUCAUCGUUGCUGAGCCCACCUAUUUUCUCCUCUUUAUCACGCAUCUAGCGCUGCCCCUCUCUCUCUGGGGCUGCUUCCCUUCCAAGCUCCUCCACUACUAGUCCUGUCUGCUGGGUUUAUGCUGUUUGGCCUAUUUUAUCUCUUUGCCUAAAUUAAAUGUGUCCCUCCACGAUCUUCUUCCCAGACGCCAUUCUCCUCCAUGAGGAAGCUCCCGCAGGGGUCAUGCACGAUCCCAGGAUCUUUCCUGGGAGGAAAGCAGACUCCGAGCUCAUCGCCUGGCACCAGAAAAAGGUCAGCCUUCGGGCUACAAAGCCUUCCCAGGCGGCAGCGGGUUCUUUCAAGGCACUGGGAUGUUGAGUGUCAGGGGCCCCGCCACCCUCCAGCACCGACGUGUCUGUUUCCCGUGCAGCGCUGGGAGAGACCGUGGGUGGAAAAUCCGCUGCAACUCGCGGGCCACCGGGCUGGGGGCGCCGUCACUUGUUGCGACCAAUGAACGGUGUGCAAUGCUGGAGCGUUGUUGUUUCUAAUAUCGUCUUGAGCCGUGCAGGGGAUCCCCCCCGCAGCCCGCACCCCACUGCUCUGCCGCUGUGGGAGGGGAGAAGGAGCCGCACCCCGACAGCCGACCCAGGUGGGCGCUGAUGCCCGAGGGGCGCAGAUUCAUCCCGCCCCGGGGCAUCCGCCCCAGUGGUCCAGCCGCCAGCCCCGCACUCCGCCGAGCAUCCUGCUUGACCCGGGAACAGCGCGGGACCCAGCUCAUCGCGGCUGCUCACCUACUUCCAAGUCGCGGUCGCUAGGAUUCCCGCCACUCCUCUCAGACCCAUCCUCCCCACCCUUGCCACUUUUCGGAGUCCCCCGCCCCCGCCUCCCGGGGGGAGCUGCGGGGCAGUUGCACGCGGAGCCGCGGAGCUGCGAGGACGCCCGGCAGGAGCUGCCCUCGGUAGCCGAGCCCGCACUCCCUGCCCUUCGCUUCGCCCCGCCGCCGCCGCCGCCGCUGCCGCCGCCGAGCCCGAACCCCCGCCGCCCUCGCUCCGCGCCUCGCCGCUAACCCUCCCGCCGGUCCCGAGCUCCGCCACCGCGGAGUGCGUGCAGCGGGGCCGGCGCGAUGCGGCAGCUGUGCCGGGGCCGCGUGCUGGGCAUCUCGGUGGCGAUCGCGCACGGAGUCUUCUCCGGCUCGCUCAACAUCCUGCUCAAGUUCCUCAUCAGCCGCUACCAGUUCUCCUUCCUGACCCUGGUGCAGUGCCUGACCAGCUCCACCGCGGCGCUGAGCCUGGAGCUGCUGCGGCGCCUGGGGCUCAUCGCCGUGCCCCCCUUCGGCCUGAGCCUGGCUCGCUCCUUCGCGGGGGUCGCGGUGCUCUCCACGCUGCAGUCCAGCCUCACCCUCUGGUCGCUGCGCGGCCUCAGCCUGCCCAUGUACGUAGUCUUCAAGCGCUGCCUGCCCCUAGUCACCAUGCUCAUCGGCGUGCUGGUGCUCAAGAACGGCGCGCCCUCGCCGGGGGUGCUGGCGGCCGUGCUCAUCACCACCUGCGGCGCCGCCCUGGCAGGAGCUGGCGACCUGACAGGCGACCCCAUUGGGUACGUCACGGGCGUGCUGGCGGUGUUGGUGCACGCUGCCUACCUGGUGCUGAUCCAGAAGGCGAGCGCAGACACGGAGCACGGGCCUCUCACCGCCCAGUAUGUCAUCGCGGUCUCCGCUACCCCUCUGCUGGUCAUCUGCUCAUUCGCCAGCACGGACUCGAUCCACGCCUGGACCUACCCGGGCUGGAAGGACCCGACCAUGGUUUCCAUCUUCGUGGCCUGUAUCCUGAUCGGCUGUGCCAUGAACUUCACCACACUGCAUUGCACCUACAUCAACUCGGCGGUGACCACCAGCUUCGUGGGCGUGGUGAAGAGCAUAGCCACGAUCACGGUGGGCAUGGUGGCCUUCAGCGACGUGGAGCCCACCUCUCUGUUUAUUGCCGGAGUCGUGGUGAACACCCUGGGCUCCAUCAUUUACUGCGUGGCCAAAUUCGUGGAGACCAGAAGGCAGAGCAACUAUGAGGAUCUGGAGUCGCAGGCCGUGGGAGAGGAACCAGCGCCAAGUGGGGACCAGCUGCCGUUCGCUAUGGAGGAGCUGCCCGCCGAGGGUGGAAGUAGCGGGUCAGAGGGUGCAGAAGGGGCGGGUGGCUCCCUACAGCAAGGUGGGCAAGAGGCAAGGGGCAGCCUCAGAGGGGUCUCAAGAAUAGAAGAGCAUUCUGAUGAAGGCGGUAGGAGAUCCUUCAAGGAUGCCUACUUGGAGGUGUGGAGGUUAGUUAGGGGAACUAAGUACAUGAAGAAGGAUUAUUUGAUAGAAAACGAGGAGUUACCUAGUCCUUGAAAAAGACAUGCGUGUAUGUACAUAUGUACAUACCGUUAUUUUAUAUGGCAGAAAUAAGGUCUAAGGAGGGGCCUCCAGUUUUCUUCUGAGGAGCAGGGAAAGGGAAGCAAACAAAAGCUGAAAGGGACCGACAGAGACGAAUUAGCACCUAUUUCUUAUCUAUUCAUUACCUAGUGGGACUUUGCCUGGGGUGCCACAGAAGGAAGACACCCAUGCAGGUGCUUAACACAAUCAAAAGUGAUUUCAGCUUCAGACUCCUGGACAUGGGUUUUUUUUUUUUUGUCUUUAUAAUCAUAACCAAAUAUUUGCAUGUACCAAGAGUCCCUCAGCCACCCCUUCCAAAGAUGGCUUGUAGCAAUGAUGACAUCACUUAAUAAAUUCAAAGAUCACAUUCAGGGGCACAUUUCUGAUGACAGGACUAUAGUUUUUAUUGCCCGUGAGGCAAAGAGUAUAUUAUUGAAAUGACAUUUAUAAAUACACUGAAUUGUUUACUCUUCGGGUCAUCUGCAAUAUCGUGUUUACUCGAAUUUUUCUUCCUUCAUUUUUUUUAAAUGAGUAUUCUAUUAUUCUAUUCUAUAUUAAUAGGAAAUGUUGAAGCUAUUUUGAAGAUGUGUUCUUAGCUUUGAUUAUGAAGUCUAAGGUUUGCUCUUUGUAAUUAUAUAUCUUAAAGGCUGUUUGGGUCCCUUGCUUUAUAAUAUUUAUUAUUGAAUGCUGUAACCUUUUUAAAAGCCUGUUUUGCCUCCAUGUAACCCUCUUUCAAGCAAAUAUAGUGGCUGGAACGUAAGUCAGUGUUGACUGAAGAACAGCCGAAGGGAGACAGGCCGCCUUGGAAAGCAACCCAAUCACACUGCACACCCCCAAACUCUGUUACAAAAAAGAGCAACUGAUAUAUUCGCAUUAUGAUAUUUUUCUAUCUCAUAUUUGUCAAAAAUAAAGUGUGAGUCUAUCUGUAAA